AUGAACAGCCACCAAGCCAGCACGCUCAAGAAAGGCCAUAAGCAACAUAUACACAACCGAACCGUCGUCAACACUGCCAAUACCUCCGGCACCAAUCUCGGCACACCCACCGCGGUCGAUAAUCGCCCCGUGUCCCUCGAGGGCGCACCGGGAAAUCUGCGUUUUAUCCCUGGCGAAGAUGAAGAGAAUGCGUUGGGAGCAGUAAGCCUUCUUGUUAUUGUUAGCAGGAUGCUGCGUUCGGUUGUUGAAGGCCCCAACGGCCUGGCGGAGGAAGACUACAAAGCAUUCAAAGAGGUCCUCGACUUUAUGGGAACAAACAAAAACCUUGAUAACUACCACGAAAAGUUCAAAACUGCUGCUGGACCUUCUGCAGACCCAUUCCGGUUCGCCCGCUUUUCGCAAAAUUUCAUCACGCCCUCCCGACGACUGGCCAAGAAAGCCCCUUUUGCCCUCCCUUCAGUCCCUCGAAAGCGCAACCGCUGUCUCGAGGAACUCUUCCAAGAAUGCCGACGAAGAAUAAGGACGCGAAAUCGCCGCCGCUUCCAACGAAAAUUCGCAAUGAAGGAAACCAACCCUAGAGCCUCAACGAUCAAUGGGGCAAGGGCGCAGACAUCUUUCGGGCAUACAUCCUUGCGUGGGAUACGAGCCCAUCCCAACAAGAGAUGA